CAUCUUACAAAAUGGUGGCGUUCGUGGUUAGACCUGUUGUUGUAGUUGGCUAUGGUAAAGUCCUCCAAGACUUGGCUCGUACAUAAAUGGAAAGUAAAAAACACUAUCAAAAAUUUAAUAAUGAAGAAAUGGACAGUGAGGACUCCCUGGGGACAUCAAAUUCAGCUUAUUUGGAUAUUAAUUCUCAAAAUAAGGCUUCAAAACCAAACGCAGUUACCAUAGCUAAUGGAAAUGAAUCAAAUUUUCGUGAAGUACUUGUAGACGAUUACCAGGAUGGAAAAGUUACUGUCACAAUACCUGAUCCAGCUGAGAAUGAAACUGUGGAGAAAGAAGUGAUUGGGGAAUUACAAUAUAAAUUAAGAAGAGUUGUUGAACAUUUAAUAUUCAGGGUGUUUGGCCUAUUAUUGAUCAUAAUUGAUAUCAGUGUUUUAAUUGCUGAUUUGUUUAUCACUGAUAAAAGUGAAGAUGAGCAGCUAGCAUAUGAACUUGUUGCUGUUUGUUUUGUUUGUGUAUUUGUCUUAGAAGUUUGCCUUAGAAUAUUUGCUAAGGGUCCAAAAGAAUUUUUUAGUGAAUGGUUUAAUUCAGUGGAUUUUGUUGUUGUACUCAUUUCUUUUAUUGUAACUGUAACUUAUACAGCUGUAGACUUUUCUUCAAAUUAUGGUUUUGCCAAGUAA